AUGGCAUCACAGAGAAGUCGAGAUCGUCCUGAUGAUGAUGAUAAAGAGCGUCGAUCAUCUAAACGUUACCGUCCAAGUCGUGGAGAUGAAAGUUCAUCUGAAUCUUCUCAACGUCGAUCAUAUUCAUCAACUGGAGUUGAAGAAAAACCUUCAACAUCUUCUAUCCAAUCAAGUAGAUUUACUGAAUCUAUUUCAACUUCUACCGUACCAAAGACUUCAUCAGAUACAGAAAGUGAUACAAAAAAACGUUCACGUUCAUUUGUUCGUCCACCAUUACGUUCUGCUGUGCCAGAUUCACAAUUAAUAUCACUUGCACGACGACCAGCACAAUCUGGACGUGUUGGUCAACGAGUUGAGGUUUAUACAAAUCAUUUUAAAAUUGAAUUUCUAAAUAUAAAUGAAGGAGUAACACUUUAUCAAUUUGAUGUUGAUGUUGAAAUCUUAAUGCGUGAUGGUUCAUGGCGUUCAUCGAAAAAAGAUGAACGUUUUCAAGUUAUGAAAAAAAUUAUUGAACGAGAACAAUUUCCACUUAUUUGGUAUGAUCAAGGAAAAAAUUUAUAUUCAACACAAAAUUUAACUUUAAUUUUGAAAAAAGAAUAUGAAUGUGAAAUUGUUCAUAAAAAAACAGGUCGAACAAAUCGUUUUCGCUUUUUACUUAUUAAUCUUGUUAAAACUUAUGAUUUAAAAACAAUAUUUGAUUUUAUUCAACGAAAAAUUCAUAUUCGUCCUCAUGAUCCUGUUAGAAUUUUAGAAACUUUAUUUAAACAAACACAAAGAGCUGAAAUGAUUACUAUUAAAAAUCAAUCAUAUCCAAAAAAUCAAAGAUUAGAUGAUCUUGGUGAUGGUCGUGGUUUAGCAGCAGGAUUUUAUCAAGCAAUUGUACUUGGUGAACGUGGUCCAACUCUAAAUAUUAAUAAUAAUUUUUGUUGUUUUUAUCAAAAUUAUAAUUUAGUUGAAUUUAUUUCCUGUUAUUUAGGUCAAGAUAUUAGAAGAAAUGGUAAGUUUAUCAUUAAAAAAUUUUGUUUUUUAUCUCACGAAAAUAUAUUUUCAACUGUUGAAUAG